AUUUAACAAUAAUUAAAGUUAAAAAUUGAAAGCUCUUGAUAAUGGGGAGUAUCAGAGAAAUCAUUAAUUAACAGAUGAAUUAAUUUGUAAUAUUAUGGAAGGCAAAUGAAAUGGAUAUAAUUUCUCUGUUUGUAAUAUUUAAUUUAUUUUUUAAAUCGUCUCUUUCCUUAUAUUUUCUGGUUCCUCAAAAUGGCGAACGCUGUUUUUUCGAAAAUGUGCCUGAAAAGGCUCUUUUAUCAGUCUCGUAUGAUCUCAUCUCAGAAGAAGGUAAAGACUGUGUUUUAUCUAUAUCAGAUAAUGAAAGGCGAGUUUUAAAGAAUAUGAAACUAGACCAGGACCAAGCCCAUAGUAUGUUGUAUUCAUGUUUAUUACAUUGUUUAGAACGUCUGUCUUUUGUUUCGCCAUCAACUGGUAAUUAUAAUAUCUGUGUUCAUUGUCCUGGACGACUUUGGUACAUGAGUCAAAUGUGUAAAAUCUCGCUGAAUUUUGAAAUCGCAGACGUCAGCUCAGGCGGAGAUUCAUCACAAUACGAUGUAAAUUAUGAAACAACUGCUAAGAAACAGCAAGUGGAGAGUUUAACGAGUCACUUACACCACUUCAUCGCAUCCGCAAACGUGAUUCAGGAGUACCAAAUUUCCGAGAACCGCAACUCCACUAAACUUUAUGACCACUACAAGUCAAUGAAUAACUGGAUUCUAGUCUUCUAUUUGCUUGAAAUUCUUGUUGUUGUCCUCACUUCCGCUUUCUCUGUAUAUCAUAUCACUAGAUUUUUCAAAACUCAGUGUUUCAUUUAAUAUGCUCUUGUUAUA